AUGGCCAGCCCAAGCCAUCGCCGCUUAGGCUCUCAUGGCCAGCAGCGAAGUCUUGUGCAAAACGACGCCCUCGAACCGGGCCCUGUCUACUCCAAGGCCUACGGCGGCGAAGACACGCUCCCACCCCCAAACACCAGCCAUCAAGCCCACGGCCACGGCCACGGUCACCACCUUCACGUCCACGGGCACAAAUACAAGCGUACUAGGUGGCGAAGCGAGAAGGGGUCCGGCAUGAAGCUGUUCAGGAUCAAGUCGGGCGGCGAGAGUGGCCGCGGCGGCAUUCACCCAUGGCACUUCCUUAGAAUCUGCUUUCGCUCGUCGUGCAAGGCCAGCGCGGCCGUCAACGUUCUGUGGCCCAUUGUGCCAGUCGCAUUGGCUGUUCGAUAUACCUUGCCAGAUGAUCACAUUCUCAUCUUCAUUCUCUCUUACAUCGCCAUGGCACCUUGUGCCAAUCUCAUCGGAUUUGCUGGUCAGGAGUUUGCGCGCAAGGUUCCCCAUGUUUUCGGCGUUCUCAUCGAGACAACGGUCGGCUCCAUCGUCGAAAUCAUCCUCUUCAUGGUUCUGCUCCAAAAGGAUCAAUUUCUCGUCAUAAAAGCCGCCAUCCUCGGCUCCAUUCUGGCUACCAUGUUACUCUGUUUGGGUCUUUGCUUCUUCGUCGGUGGAAUAUACCACGAGGAACAGACUUUCAGCGACACCAUUAGCGAGGCUGGUAGCGGUUUGCUUCUUACUGCGGGCGUGGCGUUGGCUAUUCCCACCGUAUUUAUGCGAGGCCUGCCGGAUGACAACACUUUGAGCCCCGAUGAGAUUGCUCACAAAACCCUGAGCAUCUCGCGAAUCGUGUCCGUCCUUCUCAUCAUCGCCUAUUGUGUAUACGUCUUCUUCCAGGCCCGGACCCAUCACGGUAUCUACCAUGCCAUCUUUGAAAUGGACGAGGAGCGCGACCGCGACGGCCAUAAGGAUGCCGCCAAGGACAAGCUCACCAUGACAGAGUGCAUCAUUGCAUUGGGCAUCGCUGUAGCUCUCGUCACCUUGAUUGCCAUCACUCUCGUCAUGCAGAUUGAACAUGUCAUCGAAAAGUCAAAAGUAUCCGAUGCUUUCAUGGGUCUUAUCCUGGUGCCCCUCGUCGAGAAAUUUGCCGAACACAUCACAGCUAUAGACGAAGCAUGGGAUAACCAGAUGAACUUUGCGCUUUCCCACGUCUUGGGUGCCACUCUUCAAACUGCUCUCUUCAACGCUCCACUGGUCGUCAUUGUUGCCUGGGGCCAGCACAAGCUUUUGGACUUGGAGUUUGGUAUUUUCGAAUUGGUCAUGCUUUUCCUUGCUAUUUUGACCGUUGGUCGGUUUUUGCAAGACCAAAAGAGUAACUACCUCGAGGGGUUCCUCCUUGUAACUCUUUACGUGGCUGUCGCAGUAUCUGCUUUCUACUACCCUGAUCCAACGGUUCAUGGAAGUGGUGAGGGUGUUGGUGGCGAGCCUACUAACACAGGCAGUGAGGGCGGAGGCGCGGAGCAUAAACUGCGAUUCUUUUAA